ACAAAAUGGAGAGCACGCAAGCCUGUGCGUUGGACCUGAUCGUGUCCCGUCCCUACCGGCUCUUCCGGCUCUCCCGGCGUCCUCUAGUGAGAGAAGCACUCACGGACUCUUCGAGCACGGGGUCCGUACUUCACUACAGCGCGUUCGUGGCCCUCGUUGCAUCGCUUAUGUCCGCUUCGCUGCUGGUGACGCCCGCUGUCCUGCUCCGGGUGUUGGGGAGCGCUGGCUGCGGCGCCCGAUGCUUCUCGCUCGAGGAAGACCUGCUCGCCUCCAUCAACCACAGCGUGCACCCGUGCGACGACUUCUACCGGCACGUGUGCGGCGGCUGGGAAUCGGUGCGCAAGCGACGCCACGACGUCCCGCUGUUCAAGUACCGACGCUACGCCGACCGCCAGGUGAUCAGCACGCUGCUCGGCCGCACUGUGCCCCGGGCUCCCAAGAGCGCACUCGACAAGGCGGCCGUGUUCCUGCUCCAGUGUCUCGGACAGGGCAUGCACGAAGGCACCUCGGACAUGAAGCAAUUCCUUCGGCAACUGGGCCUCAAGUGGCCGAACCCUUCGGCCUCGAGUCGCGCCGACCUGCUCCGCUCCAUGAUCAGGGCGUCGCUGGGCGUAGGUCUGCCGUUGCUCUGGGGUUUCCACGUGGGCCGGGACCCGCUGUUGCCGGCGCGCCAGAACGCCCUGUACAUAACGCUCGACAAGCGCGUGCUGAGCUGGAUGAAGGACGUCCUGAAACUCGCCCAACGCGGCAGGCUCCGCCUGUACCUGCGACGCUGCGCCGAAGUUGUCGGCGGCGCCGGGCAGUCGUACGCGCUCAUGAUUUCCGACGUCGCCGCCAUCCACAAGGAGCUGGCCACACAGAUACGGGACCUGUGGGACGAGCAUUCGCCGCCGGCGUACCAAGCGCUCAACGACAGCGAGCUGCGCCUCGCCAUCAACAGUGAGCUGCCGGACGACUCGCAGUUGUGGUACCACGACGCUCUAGUCAACCUGCAGCCGCGUCUGUACGAAGCCUUCGACCGCGACCAGCUGAUGGGGGACGAUGGGAGACGCAAGAGGCUCAAGCUCUGGCUGGGCGCCUACGCCGUUUGGAGAGUGGCCCCGUUCGCGUCGAGGUUUCUCUUCUUCUCCUUGCUCGACGACAUUGGGAAGCGUUCUGGAGCGCAAGUGCCGUACGUAGUCCGAGCCUGCGUUAAGUCUGUCGACCUCGUGAUGCCUCUCGUGGUGUGGAAGAUUCAGACGGACACGGUGCCAGACGUGACACCGGCAUUCAUGGCACUGCGCUCUGUGCGCGAGUCGAUGCGCGUCCUGCUGGCUGCGUACGGACCCAACACAGCGGCGCGUGUGUUGCCUGCCACGCGCUUCAUGUCGGUCAACGCGCUCAACAUGAGUGUCACCUGGCCCGUGCUGGACGCCAUUUACUCGUUUCUGCCGGUGAAGGCAGACGGCAGCUACUUCCGCGUACUCUGCAAUGCUGCGACCACCACGGUGCGCUUUUUCACUCGGUCGCUGCGCCAACCGAAAAGUAACGUGUACCACGUGGCCGGGGUGGCACCGCUGCGCACCUACCGGCUGCUGGUCGCACGCGAGCUGGUGGUCAAGGACUUCCUUCUCCGGCCGCCGCUCACCGAGGACCGGCAUCCGCCCGCUGUGCUGGCCGCGGUCUUGGGAACGACGAUCGCGCAGCAGAUCUUCGCGCUGCUCUCCACCCUGUUGUUCUACAACGACCGUUUCGAGCCAGUGGCGCCGGCGGAUCUGGACCCGGAGCUGAUCGCCAUCAAAGCAGAUCUGGCGCGGUACCGUUUGCUGCUGGCCAAUCGGAGGAGCGAGCUGGGAACGCUGCGUGUGAGUGAGAUCCGGCUGCUGACCACACUGAGCCUGGCCGCAACCGCCGCCAGCCACGCGGCGUCCGUCCUGGAAGCGCGCAGGCCAGGAGCGGCGUGGCUGGGAGCGACUACGGGACACGGCGGCAACGCCACGUUCGCCGGUGUUCCUCGCGACAAGCUCUUCUUCCUCAUGAACUGCUUCCCGUCUUGCGGACACUCUGGCCGGGAACGGAUUAUGCAGGCAUGUCCCGACCGAUUUUACGUUCCUAAUCACCUUCCACAUAAGGUUCGACCAAGUGCGUGGAACACUUCUGCAAAUAUGGGAAGUCUAUGUGGAACGAGGUUAACAUGUUCAACUUUAUUAGUAGAUGUUAUGUGGGACAAAAGUCAGGAUGAUAUACAGGAACAACGUCAAAGGAGCACGACCGAAGGAAGAGCUUAAAGUAUGCUCCAGUUACCUAAUAAACA